GCAGGGCUACUGUUAUCCUUAGCUGCUGCUUCUCUGCUCUCCUCUCCCCAAGGUUGAAGAAGCAGAACAAAAAACCCUGCGGUGCUGUGAAUCAACUGCAUCUCUAAUAAUCUCUGUCUUAAAUGGGCUCUGCUGCUGCUACUACUCCUCAAUUCUUGUCAAUCUCUUCUUCUUGUUCUUCUUCUUCUAAGUUUCCCCUCCACUCCGCCGGCCACAGGUUUGGGAUUUCUCGGGAAAACUGGAACCGGAACGACUCCGACGGCAAUGGGAGGAGGAAUAGGAAUAGGGAAAGGAAAAAGAAUUUGGGGCCAUGUGUAAAAGCGUACAAGAGAGUCCCAAUGGAGACGCCUGGGGCUUAUCAGCUCGUCGACGACAAAACCGGCGACAAAGUCAUCAUCUGGGGAGGAGCUGACGAUGACGACCAUUCUCAUCGGCAGCAAGCCCUCUCGUGAAGCCCAAGCCCCAACAAGGAGACGAAGCUCCGGGUAAUUUAACACCCUCUUUCUUCUCCUUUUAAUCAAUCAACCAGCUCACUCGGAAGUUUUGCGAGGCUGAAGUCUCCGAAGGUGAAGGAACUGAUCCGGAAGAAGAAGUCUUCUGAGGCCAGUAACACUGUUGCUGAUGCCGGUAGAAAGGUAGUUGCUGAUGGGCUCAGAAGAGAGAGGAACGAUGAUAAGGUUAGGGACGAGGAAACCAAAAAGUUGCCUGCCACCGUCGUCAAACAGCCUCAGGAUGUGGAAGAAGCAGCAGCUCCAGAAUAUGUGCGUGCGCCUGCUCCUAGGGCUGCUUCCGGACUACGAGGGUGGGUCCGCGCUGCUCCUUCUGAACGAAGCAACGAUGACACUCUCUACCCCAAGCACCAGAGGAAAAUGCCGGUGGAUAGUGGGUUUUUCAGCAGAAAAACCUUCAAAGAAUUGGGUUGCACUGGUGAUAUGAUUGAGUCUCUCAGGAGCCUGUCUUUCCUACGGCCUUCGCAUAUCCAGGCCUUGGCAUAUGCUCCUGUAUUACAAGGAAAAAGUUGUGUUAUUGCUGACCAAAGUGGAUCUGGUAAAACACUGGCAUAUCUCAUCCCUAUCAUACAACGGCUAAGACAAGAAGAACUGCAAGGGCUUGGUAAAUCUUCAUCAAGCAGUCCUCGGGUUGUGAUUCUAGUACCAACUGCAGAACUGGCUUCUCAGGUGCUUAAUAACUGUCGUUCAAUAUCAAAACAUGGUGUCCCAUUCCGGUCUAUGGUUGCGACUGGGGGCUUUCGACAGAAAACACAGUUAGACAGUCUUAAGCAGGAACUGGACGUACUCAUAGCAACACCUGGUCGCUUUAUAUACCUGCUCCAAGAAGGCUUUGUGCAACUUGCUAGUCUUAAAUGUGUUGUGUUAGAUGAAGUAGAUAUCCUUUUUGGUGAUGAAGGAUUUGAACAAGUGCUUCAAAGCUUAAUAAGUUCUGCACCCAUGGAAGCACAAUAUGUAUUUGUUACCGCAACUCUUCCAGUGGAUAUCUACAACAAGCUGGUGCAGAUCUUUCCGGAUUGCGGAGUAACCAUGGGACCGGGUAUCCAUCGUACAAGCUCUAGACUGGAAGAGGUUCUAGUGGAUUGCAGUGGAGAAGGGAUGGAAAAGAAUCCUGAAACAGCUUUCAUCAACAAGAAGUCUGCCCUGCUGCAGCUUGCAGAAGAAUCUCCCGUCGCUAAAACUAUUGUGUUCUGCAAUAAAAUUGAAACCUGCAGAAAGGUUGAGAAUGUGUUGAAACGGUUUGACAGGAGUGGGCUUCACAUCAAAGUCUUGCCAUUCCAUGCGGCUUUGGCACAAGAUGUACGCCGCGCAAACAUGAAAGAGUUUCUCAAUUCAAGGUCUAGAGAUUCAAUGUUCCUUAUCUGCACGGACAGAGCAUCGCGAGGAAUCGACUUUCCCAAUGUAGACCAUGUCGUGUUGUUUGAUUUUCCUAGGGAUCCAAGCGAAUAUGUCCGUCGUGUUGGGAGGACUGCUCGUGGUGCCAAGGGUGAAGGCAAGGCAUUGGUAUUUGUAGUGGGAAAACAAGUGUCCCUGGCAAGGAGAAUCAUGGAGAGAAACAAGAAGGGACAUCCACUUCACGAUGUGCCUUCUGCAUAUGAACUAGAGAGUUCUGUACUAUAGGAUGGUUUGUUACUAUUUUCAUCAGCAAAUGUGUGCUUAACUUCUGGUCCCUAAGGUAAAAUUAAAAUAAAAAUGUAUGCUUCUUUUGUAAGAGAAAGAAACUCUAAUUGACUAUACAGUACAUGUAAGCACAGUCACGAGUAUUACUCUGAGCAACCAUACAGCAGAACAAAAGUAUCAACUCAAAUGAGCUACA